UUCAUCAGUAACGUCAGUUUGACAACAAAUGUAACUUCAAAUGAACAUUAAAACUAACAUUAGAAACCCUCUCAAAUCUCAAAUACGUACAACGGAACCUCGAACCGAGGAAUGAUAUGUCCCACCAACUUUCCAAAAGGACACCCUGCAGCGCACUAGCGCAGCCGAACCACCAACUGAAAAACAAGAUAAGGAAAUUGCGCAAAGUGGUGAAAAGUCUCGAAUUCAGCUUGACAGAGUCCCUGGGGCAGGAUAGGAGAUUGCUGUUCGAAGUGCGGAGUGAUUCGCUUAAAAUGUCCGGAUUGAGACAUCGGUUGGAGGAGGUUAUGCAUGAAAACGAACAGCUUCUAGAUAAAAGUCAAGCAAGAGCUUCAGGAACCAGCCUUGGAGUGUCCACUAUGAGCUUGGUGCAUCUUCAAUACAAAUACGACGAGCUAGCGCAAACCCAUGACACAUUACUACAACUGUUAGAAAGUAGAAACGCCGAAAUAAAAAGAUUCGAACAACUGAACAACACUCUUCAAGAGAGAAUACGAAAUCUGACAUUAGACCUGGAAAAUUCCUUGGAAAAAGUGGGAAAUCUAGAAAGAAAAUUGGCUGAAGUGAAGAGGAGAAAACGUGAAAAAAUCAGCAGGUUUAAAAAAGAGCGGCAGGCAUUGGGCGUGAUUCACAACAGACUUAUAGCUGUUCUGCAUAGACAGUGUAUGGAGAAGAACGAAUUCAUUAACGUGCAGUUGAAAUUGGCACAGGACAGUCAAAAAGGACUACUAUAUCAAGAGAUCAAGAAGAACAACCUUCAGGCAUAUGAGAACUUCCGGUUACAACAGGAAGUCGAAUAUUUAAAAGCUCUGCUACGUAUAUCCAGAACAGAGUCAGAAAGUACUAUAAAAAGCUGAGAUUUUAGAAAUAUUGUAUAGGUAUACUAAGCUGUAUAGGGUUUGCAAGAAAUAAAGUUGGUGUGACAUAUCGCUUUAGAACCUAA